UUUCCCGUGACGUCAGCGGGAGCAUAUUAUUAGCAAGAUGGCCGCUGUAGACGUGGAAGAUGAGAGCAUUCUUGCUUCUAUAUUCAAAGAUAGCUUUCCAGACAACUGGAGAGACAAUCCAGACUUUGCAGCAUACUUGGCAGAACUUAGCUCCUUUGGGGUGGAGAAGCUGAAUCGGGAGCCAGAGAAAUUAGCGGAGGAGCGCGGACAGAUUCAACAGCAGACUCGGGAGUUGGCCUUCUCGAACUACAAAACCUUCAUACGCACAGCUGACUGCACGAAGGAGAUAUAUCGGGAUUUCGGCCGUGUGGAGAGCAGUGUAUCCAAACUGCUUGACAAGUUGCCUAGCUUCGGGGAAAAAUGCAGGGGUUUUGUGAAGGAGGCGGAGGACAUUGGGGUCAGUCGGCGUAUGAACAGCUUGACCCUGAAUCGCCACACGGAGAUUCUGGAGAUCCUUGAAAUACCACAACUCAUGGACACCUGCGUCCGCAACGGCUACUACGAGGAGGCGCUGGAGUUGGCAGCUUACGUCAAGAGGCUGGAGAAGAAGUAUUCCUCCAUACCGGUCAUUCAGGGCAUCAUACAUGAAGUUCGUCAGUCUGCCCAGCUCAUGCUGAACCAGCUGCUGCAGCAGCUGCGCAGCAACGCUCAGCUGCCGGUGUGCCUUCGCGUGAUUGGCUACCUGCGGCGGAUGGACGUGUUCACCGAGGCGGAGCUGCGGGUGAAGUUCCUGCAGGCGCGGGGCAGCUGGCUGCGCUCCAUCCUGGCGGCCAUCCCGGAGGACGACCCCUACCUGCACAUCACCAAGACCAUAGAGGCCUGCCGCGUCCACCUGUUCGACAUCAUCACCCAGUACCGGGCCAUCUUCUCGGACGAGGACCCGCUGCUGCCCUCCGGGGCGCAGGCCGUGAACGAGAGCGCCAUCUUCCACGGCUGGGUGGUGCAGAAGGUGGCCGAGUUCCUGGAGACCCUGGACAGGGACCUGCAGCGCGGGGUGGGCGGCCGCUUGGACUCCCUCCUCGGCCAGUGCAUGUACUUCGGCCUGUCCUUCAGCCGGGUGGGCGCCGACUUCCGCGGGCAGCUGGCCCCCAUGUUCCAGCGGGUUGCCAUGGCUACGUUCCGCUCGGCCGUGCAGGAGGCCGUGGACAAGUUCCAGGAGGACAUGAACAUGUUCACGCUCAUCUCCCUUCCCACCAUGCUGGGCGGCGCCCUCCCCCCUGUGGCUCCCAGCACGCAGCCCGGCUCUCUGCAGCCCCCCAUGUCUCUCCUGGACUUUCCGCCGCUAGCCUGUUUCCUCAACAACGUUCUGACCGCCUUCAAUGACCUGCGGCUCUGCUGCCCAAUUGCCCUGGCCCAGGACGUGGCCAAGUGCCUGGAAGAUGCCCUCAUGAAGGUGACUAAGCUGAUCCUAGCGUUCCACAGAGCCGAAGAGACUGCCUUUAGCACCAGAGAGCAGGAGCUUUUCGUGCAGUUCAGCUGCGCCUUUGCGGAGGACAUGGUGCCGUUCCUUAACCGCUGCCUGCAGGUCCUGUUUCCUCCUGCUCAGCUUGCGAUCAUACUGGGUAUUCCUCCGACGCAGGUGCAUAAGUAUGGCAGCCUGGGCUGCAUUGAUGUGAACGCGGUGCUGGAGCCGCUGGACUUCGUUGUACCCAAGAGGGAGAUGCCACCCUCCGAGGAAGAGCUCAGCGCCCAGCUCAUCAGCAUGAUGGAGGACGACGACCACCUGGCUGGACCCGAGCCUGAGCCCGCACCCGAGCCUGAGCCCGAACCAAGAGAGGAGGCACCAGAGCCGCCUCCACCAUCUGAACCCCAAACGGACACAGCGACAGAGGUAGAAACCGCACCCCCACCAGAGGACACGGGGGAGGAUCUGGAUCUGGAUCUGGAGGAAUCUCCACACACUGGGGAUGGAAGUUAAUGGUGUUUCUCAGUACUUAAAAUUAAAAAAAACUAUUUAAUUCAAGCUUCACUGCUCUCCGUUUCCUGCCAAAAACGUUUUGGCCUUGAAGAUUUCGUCUGGUAAACUUUUCAUACUAGCCAAGUGCACUUAAGGAGAACCAGGUACUGUAGGAAAGAGUCCUCUGUACCUGUGAAACCUUUAGUACUUUAAAUCAUUUUGUGUUCAGGCUGAUCAUGUGUGUUUAAUCAGUUUCCAUUUCCAAGAUGAUAUUCCCCAUUCUCAAAAUGAUAAUCUGUGCACAUUCCCUGUCCCUUCUCACAGAAAUGCUGGGCCAUAGAAGUGUAGGGGUCAUUGUAUAUGUAACUGUAAAUAUGGAUGUGUCUGGGCUUAUUUAACCAAUAAAGGGUGUUCUCAUCUUUCUGAA